CCAGAGAUUCCUCUCAUUUAAUCACUUCAGAUUCGAAAGUUUCUCUCUUUUUCCAAAAACCCCCUUUUCAAAUAAUGGAUACUACUACUACGCCUCCUUCUCUCCGUUCGAACCCUAGAUCCGCGUUGCGUCUUGCUCGAAACAACAACACUCUUGUCAAAUCUCACAUUCCAUCUCUCGAUUUGGUUCUAUCGUCUCCGAGGAACAACGGUACUCCUUACCCAUCACCUGUUUCUCUCAACUCUCCAUCUUCUCCUGUUACUCUUCGCGAAAUCCUUCUUUUAUCUCCUUCUCAUCUUCGUAAAUCGAGAACCCGUUUAAGCAAUCGGUUCGAUAUGGAAGCUGCGGAGGCUGCUGUGGCGGCACGGCGAUGUAAGACAAAAGGAGGGCAAAAUGGUCUUUUGACUUGUGCCUCGCCGUCGCCGAGAAAUUUCCGGAGGUCGAGACUAAGGUCGGAGGCGAUGGUAGAUUCAAAGGAAAAUACGGAGCCAAUUGUUGUCCUGACCGAUGAAAAAAAACAGAAACCGAGGAAACAGAAGAAGACUGGUCGAUCUAAGAAGGAGAAGCACAGUUCUGUUCCUCUCUUACCUUCUCCUAGUCCAUCUUCAGAUCAAAAUGAAGAUGUUUGUCAAAGUGAUUUAGAGCGGAUUAGAGAGAAUAUCAGCGAUUUGAUUAUGUGGAGAGAUGUUGCGAAAUCAACACUUUGGUUUGGUUUCGGAUGUAUAUGUUUCCUAUCUUCUUGCUUUGCUGCUAAAGGAUUUAACUUUAGUGUUUUCUCAGCGAUGUCGUAUCUUGGACUCUUGUUUCUUGGGGUAUCGUUCUUGUCAAAUACUCUUCGCCAAAGGGCAACCGAAGAAGCGCGGAGAGAGCUUAAACUAAGUGAAGAGGAUGUAUUACGAAUCGCUAGACGAAUGCUUCCCAUCACCAAUUUAGCGAUAUCAAAGACGAGCGAGCUUUUCUCUGGCGAACCAGCAAUGACACUCAAAGUGGCACCCUUUGUUCUAAUGGGAGCCGAAUAUGGUUACCUCAUAACAUUGUGGAGGUUGUGUGCUUUUGGUUUCUUCCUUAGCUUCACCAUUCCAAAGCUAUAUUCAUGUUAUGCGAGUCAGAUUAACCAGAAAGUUGAAUGUGCACAAAAGAGAAUUGUUGAAGCUUGGGGAGUUUGCACACACAAGAAAUUCGUAGCAGGCUCUGCAGUUACUGCAUUCUGGAACCUGACUUCUCUCAAGACCCGUUUUAUCGCAGUGUUUAUCAUUGUGGUAGUAAUCAGAUACAGACGCCAGAAUCUACAGUUCGAUUCCGAGGAAGAUGAGGAGAAGCAACAAGAACAAACUCACCCGGAGCAACAAGAAUCGCCGGAAGAAAAGUCACCUCCACCUUCACCGUCGCCGUCGCCACCGCGGUCAGCAGAAGAAGAGCAAGCGUUGGUGGUGGUUGCAGAAUCCGAAGCACCAAAGAAGCUCUAGUCUAGUGUUGACUUUUCAGUUUCCACCUAUGUAAUAACAUUUCACAUUUACG